UGCAUCUGCACAGCGUUUGUGUCUGAUUCUAUUUUAGUUCCUCUGAUAAGCAAGUUAUUUUCUUCAGUGUGUUAUUUGCAGAGUACUUCCCUAAACCCUUUAAAAGUAUCAGCCUCUGUGGUACUUAUAUAUUAAAGGUUGGACUCGAUGAUCUUGGAGGUCUUUUCCAACCUUAAUGAUCCUUUAGUAGAGGGCAGGGCAGUGCUAUGUAAAGUAAAUACCUUCCCAUGGUUUUAUGCUGAUGGUCCCUGCUUGCAUUUGAACACAAAAAUUUUAAUGUUCCUUGGUCAAGAAUUUGUCUUUUAUUUAGUGCUUCUGUGGAGAACCUGGUCUCCCACCAUACCAGAGAUUAGCACUAUUUUGAGUGGUAUCAGCACAGCAUUUUAUUAUUUUUUUUCUUGUCAUUAGAGGAUAGAAAACUUUUUUCCCUAAAUAUCGAUACACUGUCAAUUAACUGUUUAGUCAAUUUAAAAUUUUGCUUCAUUACAAGGUAGUUAAACUGAUAGAUACUAAUAAAAUACUGGUCAGUACACAGACUGACUAGAGUUUCUUGGAAGAACAAAGCCAUGUAAAUUGCAUUUUUGAUUAAUCUCAGAGGUUGUUUCUCUGAAAUAAUGCAAGCAGAUAAGUUCUUUGGUCAGUUUUCUUAGGCAGUUUGUGGCUGUUUUCUUUCUUUAGACAGUUUUCUCACUGUGCUGAGAUAAAGCAGCUCUUUGACUGUUGUCUGCUCAUAAAUACUUACCAUUUCCUCAAGCUGCAAGGGCCAAUGUGUAAUAAUGAAGUAAACAAAAAAACCCAAAAAAACCACAAACCCAAAUCCCCCAAACCUGAAACCAAACAAAAAAGAAAUCCCCAUAGCACAGUAAGCAGACUUGGAUAUGAAAAUGGCUGAAGGGAUUAUUUUUAUUUUUAAGAGUCCUGAAAUGUGAAGUUAGCCCACUUUGUUGUUUAAAGAUGGAAGUGUCAGGGGCUCUUAGUGUGGGGCAGGUCUAUCACUCCGAAAGGUUUAAUCAUGUCUGUAAAGUGAAGUCUUUCUUUACGGUUCUUAACAGCAUCAUUUUGCAGAGUAGGGCAGGCUUCCAAACACAGGUGUUGGGCAUCCUGCUUUUCUUUUGCCAUGUGAAAUGUGCUGGUAGAAACUCGAUAAGAACUAGUAGAUUAUUCCCUGUCAGAAAGGCAAAAGGUCAUCUCUGAGCUGGUCAUUGAUAUAUUGCUGGAGAUGGCAGCUUUCACUUUAUGCUUGCAGCUGAGUUGUGAAUUCAGCUUGAGGUGGCAGAUGCUGUUGCACAGGUGCUUGUUUCUGUGUGCUGAGGCUCUCAGUUUUCUUUAUUGCUGUCUCUGAUAUCUCUUUCAUAGUUUGGCAACUUUCAUGGGAACAGAUUUUUUUCAGAUGCAGUUAUGGUGUUUAAAAUAUAGAGCAAAGCUGCUUGUUUUUUUCAGGUGUUUUAACUGAAAUAUCCAAGAUGUCUAGAAAUGUAACUUUUCCAGAUCUGUUUGAGCUCUGCUUGACAAUACUUCAAGAAAAAAAGUCUGUAGUAGUCUAGAAAUGGCUGAGGUACCAAAGAUGAGAAAACCAGAAGCAUGGUGGCUGUCCUUAUUACUAAUAUUUGAAGGACAGAGAGAGCUAUAGAUUGGCAGACUCCUCUGCUGCUUUUUGAAUUUCUGUCACAAAAGCUAUUUGUAAGCAUCUAGAAUGUAAUAGCUGAGUAAAAGACAGCAUCAGUUUGUCAAGGACAAAUGGUUGAAAUUAUCUAAUUUAUUUCAGUGGUGACUGAUAGACCUACUGUCAGUGAGAGGAUCAGUUGAUGUCUUACAUUUGGCUUAAUAGGACUUUUGAUUCUGUUCCUUAGGAUGUUUUUGCUUGGGAAGGAAAGCUGGGAAGAGCUACUGUUGUGACUAAGAAGGCCAGUGCCUUGUCAACUACUCUUCAUGGUUUUCACAGUUUUCCUAAUGAAAUAGUGUGAUGAUUAAAACUUAAGGUGGCACAAAACUAGGAGAAAUUUCAGGUCUUUUUGAGUGUGGUAAUGGAAAUCAAAAUGCCUUAAGGAUUCAGAAACUUGUGAGAAGGGAAUGGGUACAAAUGAGUAGAGUUUUGUGUUUGUGCUUAAGCAGGAGCAAUCAGCUACAGAAAUACAUGAUAGAGAAAAAUUUAUUGGAGGAAAAGAAUAAUAAGCUGAAUCUGUGAAGGGAGUAUCACUCAGGUUUUAGUUCUAUUUAUGCUUCUCAGUAAGGCAUGUGAAGCAGUAUUUGCCUCAGUUCAGGCCUUCUCAGGCAUUAGCUGGGAGACUGGGGGGGGGCAGUUCCUGAUCUUUGUAGAAGGAAGUGGGUAAGCUGGGGAGAGUGUCAAGGGCAACAGUAAGAAAUUUGCAGAAAGUGUGAUAAGUAGGCUGACUGGGAAGGAUUGAAGCACCAAUUACAUUAGUCUACAAAAGGAACAGUCUACUGGUUAAAUGUUUUCCUGCAAAGUUUGAAAAAACCCAAACAACUGGAGUACCGUCUGGUCUGGGAUUUCUGAUUAAAGGGGUAUUGGAAUCCACUUUAGUGGGAUCAAGGUCCUUUCUUCACAGAUACACUCUUUUCUUUUUAGCCCUUCUUUAAGAAUAUAAUAUUGGAGUGUCUUUGAUAAAUUUGAUGCUAUGUAAAAGCUAUAAGAAAGUGUGGUUUUUUUCAUUCUCUGCGGUUUCAUUUAGUAACUUGAGUAUUUCUGUACCAGGCAGAGUAGUUAGUUCAUUUGUAAUGUAGAUGGUCAUGAGUGUGGUUUGUCUUGAGGUUGGCAGAGUAAUUUAAUACUGUUGAUAGUAGGGAGUCUCCAUGGGAAUUAAGUCUGAACCGAGCCCUUCCCAAUGCUUGCAAAGAGUUAUUAGCUGGGUAAAAUUAAAAAGUUUACUGAUUUGUUCUGUGUCUGAAAUGCAGCAAGAAAACUGCCAACACAAGAGCAUGUCCUUGUCUUUUUUUUGGUUAAGUUGAACUUCCAGUACCAGAGUUUCAGCCUUUGGUCUUAUUUGUAUUAAUAUGUAGUUGCCUGGUUCUUUGGAAACGGAGUAUUCCAAUAAAUACUCCUCCAUUCAUAGCGAGAGAUUGUGUUACUUUGUCAUUACUUUAAUAGGAGCAUCUUCUAAGUCAUUUAAGGUUGUGCAAUACAAGAGAACUCUUUUGAAGUAGUUUAUUUAUCUCAAGAGAACAUUUUUUUAGAGAUUCAGGAAUUUCAGCUAGCAGGUUGCUAGGGAGCUGUGUGCUAAUAGUGAGAAGGUUGUCUAAAUAAAGUGAAGAAGCAGAAUGAUGGAUAAGGAGCUUACCUUUCUUUAGCUAACAACCAGGUUCAGAGGCAAAUGCUGCUUUCCACAGGAAGACAUGGCUUUAUAGCCUACAAUACUGUAUUUUAAGGUCUGAUUCUAGUAGCACAGGUCCUGAAUGUGUCUGCCCUGUUAGGCUGGAUUUAGUUCACAGGAAGAGCUCCUCUCAAGCAUUACAUUUCUCAUUUUGUGGACUUUUUUCCAUUUAAUCUAUUUAUGUGGAGAGCUAGUUUUAAGUUGUUUCUAUCUAAAAAUUUAAACUGUUUGUGUUUACAUUAAUUCAAAAUAACUGUUAUUAAUCACACUCUUGUCAAAAAAUAGGCCUUUCAUUUUGUGUUUUUAGAUGAAAAUCACAAGGACAAACAUAAAGAUGUAGUUUACUGAUAACUGUAAAUCCACUUCUGUCUUUGAAAGUGAGUUAAGUUGUGGUAGGACUCAAUUCCCUCUUUGUUUUAGCCUAUCCAGUGCAUUUUUAUAGUACUUCUGGAAGUUCCCUCAUGGUAGUAGCCGAGUGCAGCAUCUUGCACAAAAACUUUUCACCCUCUGUUUCGAUAGCAGCUUUUUAGGUGUGACUGUAGUAAAACUUCAUUACUAAUAAAGUGUAUGCCGUAUAAUUUCUUUUGUUUAUGUAGCAAAGGUGUGGCUAUAAUGGGCACCCAAAGCUACACGUCAGAUAGCACUGCCUUAAUGUAAGUCGAUACGUAAUUGCUUUGUAUUUUAUUUUUGUGGAAUUUGCUGCAAUACUGUAAAUACAGAAGACUGUUUUCUGAGGAAACAAGAAUGUUCUGAUCUGCUUUCUCCAGUGAGCUGCGCUGUGUGGCUGGAGCAGUUGUUCAACAAUGAGUGGUGCAGCACUGGGCCUUGAGAUAGUGUUUGUCUUUUUUCUGGCCUUAUUCCUACUUCAUCGUUAUGGGGACUUCAAGAAACAGCAUAGGCUUGUGAUCAUAGCAACAUUGUUGGCAUGGUAUCUCUGCUUCCUUAUUGUAUUUAUACUGCCUCUGGAUGUCAGUACGACUAUUUAUAAUCGAUGCAAACUUGCUGUUAACUCCAGUCCUGCAGAAAGUAAUGGCUCUUACGUUACUCUUGCUCCAAGCAAACAAAAAUGUUUCAAACCUUGGAGUUAUAUUCCUAAUGGAAUUAUGCCAAUUUUCUGGCGUGUUGUGUAUUGGACGUCUCAGUUUCUAACAUGGAUUCUGCUACCUUUCAUGCAGUCAUAUGCAAGAUCAGGAGGGUUCUCCAUUACUGGAAAGAUUAAAACUGCGUUGAUUGAGAAUGCAAUAUAUUAUGGCACUUACUUGCUGAUUUUUGGGGCGUUUUUAAUAUAUGUGGCUGUAAACCCAAACUUCAAUUUACAAUGGAACCAACUUCAGACUAUUGGGAUAGCUGCUGCAAACACAUGGGGUCUCUUUCUUCUUGUGUUGCUUUUGGGUUAUGGUUUGGUGGAAAUCCCCCGUUCUCACUGGAAUGGGGCUAAGAGGGGUUAUCUGCUCAUGAAGACUUAUUUCAAAGCUGCCAAACUGAUGACUGAAAAAGCAGACGCAGAGGAGAAUUUAGAGGACAUUAUGGAGGAAGUCCGUAAAGUAAGUGAGAGUAUCAAAUAUAACCACCCCUUGAGAAAAUGUGUUGAUACAAUACUGAAAAAGUGUCCUACUGAGUACCAGGAAAGAAUGGGUAGGAACAUGGAUGAUUAUGAAGAUUUUGAUGAAAGACAGAACAGUUAUCCAAGUGAGAAAAGUCUGGUCAAACUUCACAAGCAGGUGAUCUAUUCAGUACAGAGAUACCGUCGUACACAGGUCCAGUGGCAAAUUCUUUUAGAGCAAGCAUUUUACCUAGAAGAUGUGGCAAAAAAUGAAACAAGUGCUACACGACAAUUUGUUCAUACCUUUCAUUCCCAGGAACCAGAGAAUAAAAUUAUUCAGUAUUUCUACACACCAACUGUUGAGUGGUACUGGGAAUGUCUUCUGCGACCAUGGUUUUACAGGGUGCUUGCAGUUGUGCUGGCUACAUUCUCUAUAAUUGUUGUGUGGUCAGAGUGCACAUUUUUCAGCACAAACCCAGUUCUAUCGCUAUUUGCAGUUUUCAUACAGCUGGCAGAAAAGACAUAUAAUUACAUAUACAUAGAGAUGGCCUGUUUUCUUACCAUCUUUUUCCUAAGUAUCUGUGUUUACUCUACUGUCUUCAGGAUCCGUGUAUUUAACUAUUAUUACUUAGCUUCACAUCAUCAGACAGAUGCAUACAGUCUCCUUUUCAGUGGCAUGUUAUUUUGCCGUCUUACUCCACCAUUGUGCUUGAACUUUUUGGGCUUGACCCACAUGGAUGCAACAAUCUCUCACAGAAAGACUCAGCCAACUGCUUAUACAUCUAUAAUGGGAUCCAUGAAAGUGCUGCCCUUCAUUGCAGAUGGAUUCUAUAUAUACUACCCAAUGCUUGUUGUCAUUCUCUGUAUUGCCACAUACUUUAGUUUAGGAACUCGUUGUUUGAAUCUCUUGGGAUUCCAGCAGUUCAUGGGGGAUAGUGAAAUGACUUCUGAUUUGAUUGAUGAAGGAAAAGAGCUAAUCAGAAGAGAGAAAAGAAAACGACAGAGGCAGGAAGAAGGUGAAAAUAGAAGAAGGGAAUGGAAGGAGCGAUAUGGAAAUAGAGACGAUUCCACUAGAAACAGAGCUGUCCACACAGACCAAAAAGAAUCCAGCUUCACAGAGACCAAUGCCAAUAGACCACUAUCAAAGUAUACCCGAUCAAAUGGUAGGACUGAAAGAGAUAGAAUAGAACUUCUCCAGGAUGCAGAACCUUUGGAUUUUAAUGCAGACUCUGUUAACGAUGACCCUCUUGAAUCAGACUCAGGAAGGUACCAGCCUGGUGGAAGAUACCUGUCAAUGUCUCGAAGCAAAAUAUUUGAUGAUGUCUAAGCUCCUCAAUGCUAAAGAAAAUUCAGUGGAAGUCUAACUCCUACUCAUUGCUUGGAAAAUACUGUAUUUGUGAUAUAUCACUGAACCAUCAAAGACUGUUUCUGUUUAAAAAAAAAUAUGAAGGAACAACUAUUUUGGAAAUGCACGUGUAUGAUAAGUUCACCACUUAUGAUAAGAACAUGCUUCUUCUGUUGUAGAUACUGUUGUGCAUCGGUGUGGGCUUUUGUGUCACGAUGAAAAGGAGAAAACUAUUAAUUUAAUAAUUCGUAUAUACCUGGAACUGAAUAUACAAUUUGAACUGUAACAGUCUGAGUUCUAGGAAGAGAUUUCCUAGAAGGAUUUUUGUUUGUUUUUUUUUCUUUAACUGAUGCUGUGAGAGCAUCUUAAUGCAUCCAAAGUGCAGUUAUAUCAAUUUCCAUAAUAAAUACUUUCUAUAAUUUUUCUAUUUGACCUUUAGUUAAAAAUUAAGUUAAAAAUUUAGAAUAAAAUUAAGGCUUCUUUUGCCUUCAGUGGUGUUGAAUCAGACCCGUAUAAGG